AUAUGAAUGUGGUGACGUCGAGCGAGUCAUUUGAAGGAAGUGCCAAUGGUUUGCGUUUACUGUAAAAUGAGGAGUUUGCUUCGCAGAAACCAUUUCUUGGAUUGAUCAGUGAUGACAAUAUUACGGAAUUAGUCAUUUUCUAAAGUUAGUAUUAGAUUGUUUGGUGGAUAUAUAGCUCUUAGACUGUUACUCUAUUUAUAUUAGAAAAAAUAAGCUGACACAUACGAAUCAGAGCCUCUUCCUAAAUAGCUCCUAAACUCGCUGGUUCCGGUAUAUCCAUCAUCCUGGAUUGCGUUAAACCUACCCUACGCGCUCCAGGAGGACUCAAAAUGGUUGGAAUAUUAAGUGAGAUGAUGAAGAAAGAACCAAGUGGUCAACGAGUCAGAAACCAAGUUAACAAAGACGAUACGGCGAUGUUGCUUUACUCGUCAGGGACAACAGGACGAAGCAAAGGUGUCAUCUCGUCUCACGGAAACCUCAUAGCACAUGUGGCGAGAUACAUUGCGGAGCCAUUUGAACAGCCACAACAGACCUUCCUUUGCACUGUUCCAUUGUUCCACACGUUUGGUUUACUCAACUUCGUUAUGGCCAGUUUGACGUCAGGUACUACCGUUGUCAUCCUACCUCGGUUCGAGCUCGGCGAGGUGUUGGCGGCGGUUGAGAAAUAUAGAGCCACGACUCUGAUUCUCGUGCCGCCAGUUUUGGUAGCCAUGAUAAACAAAGCGGAUCAGAUAAAGGCGAAGUACGACGUGAGCUUCUUGAGAACGGUUCGGUGCGGUGGAGCACCGUUGAGCAAGGAGGUCACAGAAAGGUUUAUGGAGAAAUAUCCAACGGCUGAUGUUUAUCAAGGUUACGCAUUGACGGAAUCCAACGGUGCAGGAGCUUCGAUAGAUUCUGUGGAGGAGAGUUGGAGAUAUGGUGCGGUGGGGUUGUUGUCGUGUGGUGCACAAGCAAGGGUUGUGGACCCGGAGACAGGCCUGGUCAUGGGUGUGAACCAAACAGGAGAGCUUUGGCUUAAAGGGCCUUCUAUAGCCAAAGGUUAUUUUAGAAAUGAAGAAGAAAUUAUUACUUCAGAAGGAUGGCUUAAAACAGGAGAUCUUGGCUAUAUAGACGACGAUGGAUUUCUUUUUAUCGUGGAUCGAUUGAAAGAGCUAAUCAAAUACAAUGGUUUCCAGGUAGCUCCAGCUGAACUAGAGGCUCUCCUACUGAAUCACCCAGAUAUUCUCGACGCAGCAGUUAUUCCGUUUCCGGAUAAAGAAGCAGGACAAUAUCCGAUGGCUUACGUGACACGAAAACCUGAGAGCAAUCUCUGUGAGAAAAAAGUUAUCGAAUUUAUUUCUAAACAGGUGGCACCAUAUAAGAAAAUAAGAAAGGUCGCAUUUAUAGACUCCAUACCAAAGACUCCAUCGGGCAAGACACUUCGCAAGGAUCUACUAAAAUAUGCCAUCUCUAAACUUUAAAAGAAUCGAUACUUUGUCAUUUUCUACUUGUAUUAUUAUUUUUUCCUGACAUAAUGACAGAAAAGUUAGAACUGGUAGUUCGAUUAUGAUUUAUAUGAUCAGAACUUUCCUAUUCGAAUCGUAUAUGUUUCUA